CAAGUGAAAUUCUUCCAUUCUUGAAAGGCGUGAAAUGGCAGACACAAGCUCAGCCCUUACCGUUGGCGGUGACAGGACAACUGGACAAUCCGUGCGGACACAAAAUGUGUUGGCGGCCAGCUCCAUUGCUAACAUCGUCAAGAGCAGCCUUGGACCUGUAGGCCUGGACAAGAUGCUGGUGGAUGAUGUCGGGGAUGUGACAAUCACCAAUGACGGAGCGACGAUACUGAAGCUUCUGGAGGUGGAGCACCCAGCGGCCAAGGUUCUUGUGGAGCUGGCUGACCUUCAGGAUCAAGAGGUCGGAGAUGGCACCACGUCUGUUGUAAUAAUUGCUGCAGAGUUGCUGAAGAAUGCUGAUGAGCUGGUGAAGUGUAAGAUACAUCCCACGUCAAUCAUCAGUGGAUACAGGCUGGCCUGCAAGGAAGCAUGUAAGUACAUCCAGGAGCACCUGUUGAUCAACACUGACGAAUUGGGCAGAGAGUGUAUUGUGAACGCAGCCAAAACAAGCAUGGCCAGUAAAAUCAUUGGACCGGAUUCCGAAUUCUUCUCCAACAUGGUGGUUGAUGCUGCCAAUGCUGUGAAGAUGUCCGAUGGCAAGGGAGGCCACCGGUACCCUGUGAAGGCCGUGAAUGUGUUGAAGGCUCAUGGGAAGAGUUCACGAGAAAGCGUAUUGGUGCCAGGAUAUGCGCUGAACUGCACGGUUGCAUCUCAAGCUGUUGUCAAAAAGAUCACAGGAGCAAAGGUUGCCUGUCUGGACUUCAGUCUGAACAAAGCGAAAAUGCACCUAGGUGUGCAGGUGUUGGUGGAGGACCCGGCCAAACUGGAUGCCAUCAGGCAAAGAGAGGCCGACAUAACAAAGGAACGAAUCCAGAAGAUCCUGGCUUCCGGAGCGAACGUCAUCCUCACAACAGGAGGGAUUGAAAUCUCUGUCCUGAAGUAUUUUGUGGAGGCCGGUGCGAUGGCCGUCAGACGGUGCAAGAAGACUGACUGGAAACGCAUCGCCAAGGCAACCGGAGGUACGCUGGUGAUGACACUGGCAAACCUAGAAGGGGAGGAGUCUUUUGACGCUACAAUGCUGGGCGCCGCAGAGGAGGUUGUACAGGAGCGUAUUUGUGACGAUGAACUUCUGCUCAUCAAAGGACCAAAAGCUCGUACAGCUGCCUCGGUAAUUCUGCGCGGUGCUAACGACUUCAUGGUGGACGAGAUGGAGCGCUCGCUGCACGACGCCCUCUGCGUGGUAAAGCGGGUCCUGGAGUCCAAGACAGUGGUACCUGGGGGUGGGGCAGUGGAGGCAGCACUCUCCAUCUACCUGGAGAACUUUGCCACGUCAUUAGGUUCUCGUGAGCAGUUGGCGAUUGCCGAGUUUGCACGGGCUCUACUGGUCAUCCCCAAACAGCUGGCGGUGAACGCUGCGCAGGAUUCCACCGACCUUGUGGCUAAACUGCGGGCCUACCAUAACAUGUCACAGACCAAGACCGAGCAUGCAGAACUUAGAUGGGUGGGUCUUGACCUCCACGAGGGUGCUGUCAGGGACAACAAGAAAGAAGGUGUUUUUGAACCCGCCAUUUCCAAGAUUAAGUCGCUCAAAUUUGCCACAGAGGCAGCCAUCACAAUCCUGAGGAUCGAUGACUUGAUUAAGCUGGCACCAGAACAAAAGGAAGGCAGAUCCUACCAGGAUGCUAUGAGGAGAGGAGAGUUGUGAUUGGUCCGACACACAGAAUAGUAUGAUUAUGAUUGGAGAGACUUUCACAACAGCUGAUUGGUGGGAUAAUUUCAAAAGGCUCUGAUCUAUUCUCUGAUUGCAGAGUUGAUUCCUUCUACUGAUGUGCUAAAGGCUUUGAUUGGUCAGAUGUGCUGAAGACUCUUAUUGGUCAUUCUGAUUUUGAUUAGUCAGGCUUAAAUUCUGUUUGUGCCAUUUAUGAUUUUUUUGCAUCUGAAGUGCUAUUAAGUUAUUCCGACAUUACAUUACGUGCCCACUUCUCCAAGUAGGCUCUGUCGUACUCUGAGAUGCACAAAUGUAAGUUGGCUACUGCAUUCAUGUUCAUCAGUUUUGGCCAAUACAUUAUGUGUAAACCUGGA